AUGCCUGAGCCUGAGGUGUUAGAAAGUAACUCAAUGGAGCAUCAUCUACAAAAUUCUGUUUCAGGUCACCUAGAAGCUCAAUUUGCCUCAACAAUAUUUCAAGAAAUGGAAAGCGAAUGGGGGAUUCGACACACAAAGGAUAAAUAUCAAGCAACAAGUGACAUAAGCUUAUUUUCAAGCUCAUUACCUGUCAUUCCACACGAAAAAUGUGGAAGUGAAGAUACACAUACACUUGGUGAUAUCACAAACAGUUUAACAGGAAGCAUGCUUCCUGGUGAUGAAGAUGAACUAUUAGCAGGCAUCACGGACGAUUUUGACCUUGGUGACUUACCUACUCAAUUGGAGGAUUUGGAAGAUGACUUAUUUGAAAGUGGAGGUGGAAUGGAAAUGGAUUUUGAUUCCCAUGAUGGAAUUCGAUUUGGUCUCUCCAAUUUAACCAUGUCUGAUGGUGUCCCUUUAAUUGGUAUUAAUCUCCUCAAUAGUGGGAACACAGUUGUUGUUGGAGAACACCCUUAUGGUGAACAUCCUUCUAGAACAUUAUUUGUUAGGAAUAUCAAUAGCAAUGUUGAAGACUCUGAACUGAAAUCCCUCUUUGAGGAAUAUGGAGAAAUCAGAAAUCUUUAUACUGCAUGUAAGCACAGGGGUUUUGUGAUGAUAUCUUAUUAUGACAUUCGACAUGCACGAAUUGCAAUGAGGGAGCUUCAGAAUAAGCCUCUGAGAAGAAGAAAGCUAGACAUUCAUUUUUCUAUCCCUAAGGAUAACCCAUCAGAAAAAGAUAUAAACCAAGGGACUCUUGUUGUUUUCAACUUGGAUUCAUCAAUAUCUAGUGAUGAUCUUCGUCACAUAUUUUCAGCUUAUGGGGAAGUCAAAGAGAUUAGGGAAACACCAAACAAGAGACACCAUAAGUUUAUUGAAUUUUACGAUGUUAGAGCUGCUGAGGUGGCACUGAAAGCUCUAAACGGGAGUGAAAUUGCUGGCAAAAGGAUAAAACUUGAACACAGCAGGCCUGGUGGUGCUCGUAGAAGCAUGAUGCAACAACUGAGUCAAGAACUAGAACAAGAUGAAGCUCGAGCUUUAUGGCAUCAUGUUGGUUCACCUGUCAUCAACUCUCCACCUGGUAGUUGGUCAUCAGGUUUUGGAACCCUUAGCCCUGUUAACACCACCCCUUUACAUGGGCUUGCAUCCAUACUUCCACCACAUAUUUCAAACCCCAUGAAAAUUUCACCAAUUGGAAAAGAUCAACAAUCAAGUUCAAGAUCUUUCCCUGAUCAUCAUAACACAUCAUCAUCUUUUCUUGAUUCCAAAUUUGACCCUUCUUCUAGUAUUGGUACCCUAUCUGGCCCUGAGUUUCUCUGGGGUAGUCCAACUACUUAUUCUGACCACCAAAGUAAUUCUUGGCGGGCAUCUCCGGUGGGCCCGUUUAGUCCUAGUCAGCAUGGUACAUUCCUGGGACCACCACAUCAUCAUGUAGGCUCUGCGCCACCUGGCAUACCUCUUGACAGGUCAGAGAGAUCAUUCAUGUAUAACGGAAGCCAGAUGGGUUCUUUUGGUAAAGGACAGAUGUUGUUUGGUAAUGGUUCUUAUCAAGGAAGGGGGGGAGGAUUGAAUGAUGGAUUAAUGGUGGGGAAUCGAACUCGGCGAGUUGACUCCAGUGUGACUCAAUUAGGGAACAACAACAAGCAGUAUCAACUUGAUUUGGAUAAGAUUAUUAGUGGGGAAGACAUGAGGACAACUUUGAUGAUAAAGAAUAUUCCCAAUAAGUACACUUCAAAGAUGUUGCUUGCAGCCAUUGAUGAAACCCAUACGGGUACCUAUGACUUUGUGUAUUUGCCGAUUGAUUUUAAGAAUAAAUGCAACGUGGGUUAUGCUUUUAUCAACAUGGUGUCUCCUUCACACAUUAUCUCCUUUUAUGAGGCAUUUAAUGGAAAAAAGUGGGAGAAGUUUAACAGUGAAAAGGUUGCGACUUUGGCGUAUGCACGGAUUCAAGGGAAAGUGGCACUCAUAACACAUUUUCAAAAUUCAAGUUUAAUGAAUGAGGACAAAUGGUGCAGGCCCAUUCUAUUCCAGUCAGAGGCCCAAGGGAAUGAUUAUCUGGAUUCCAUUCCAUACCAUAACAUGAACAUAUGUAUUCGUCAACCAGACGGAUCUUACUCGGUGGAUUCAUUUGACAGUUCCAACAGUAGUCUGGAAGAAAACCAGAGUUGACCAAAAAUUACUUUUGAAGGAGUUGGUUGCAUUUUUUCACUAAUGGGAAUUCGGUUUAUUGUAUUGAGAGCAAGAAGUGGUUGUGUCCAAAAUUGUGGCUUUGUGUAAAUUAAAAAUAAUUGAAACUUAUUUAUAUAUGUGAAUUAGAAGUAUAGUCG